AUGGCAGCGGGUAAGAGUAUGGUGGAUUCAAACAAACACAGAGAAAGCACUAUGGACUUAGCCACUUGGAAGCGAAGCAAAGGAGCGCCAUUUUUAACGGAACCGGAAAUUAUUAGCGAAUUCGUGGAGCGAAAUGGAGAUAUAAGUUUUGGCAGAAACUUGUGUCCGCGACUGAACCGGGCACGAUUAGGGGAGCGGUGCAGUUUAGACUUGAAUGAAGGUUAUAAUACAUUCGAGGAGAAGGAUCUGUCGAAACCGGAAUAUAUCUACUGCCUGCUGAACUGGAUAGUCGAGUGGAGCAAGCGCGGCAAUUGCGCAUCACUGGUAAGCAUUCAAUCAUUACUUAAGGCAAUGUAUUGUUUUUUGAUCGCAAAAUACUGA